AUGAUAACGUACGGAGCUGGACCAGAGGAUGAGGCUUCGCUCCAUGACGAAUUCGGCCUUGCGACCAAUGAUGAGCGUGAAGCGAACCAGGAUUGCAAUACCCUAGACACCUUAUCAGACAUCGAUAGGGAGUUUGACCAGAACACGCCGCCUUCAUGGAGAAUUGACGAGAGACUGCUAUGGUCUUCCUCACCCCUGACUAUGAAUCUCCUCACGGAGCGGAGCGAGCUCGAAAACGAGCAAGAGGAAUUCGACGACGAGGUUUGCUACCCGGAAGACACUCUAAACUAUGAUGUCGACCUAGAAGCUCUUGGCUCGCCAUUUUCACCACGACUACUCUCGUAUUUCGGAAGCCCUUCUGAACCAAAUAGCGAGGCAGACUCAGAGGCGCAUAGGCCGAGUUGGGCUUUCGACUCGGCAGAUACAUCGCUGCCAACCGUUAACUCGACGCGAGAACUGGUCGGGUUCGGUCCUGGAAGUUACAGUGAUCAGUCAGAUUUCGACCUUUAUAACGAGGACAAGAACGACUUCGGAAAAGGCCAUGAUGCUUAUGACCCCCAAAGGCAACGGUCAACGUCUCUCAUAUCAUACAGCGAUUGGCGAAGCGACGAGGACGAGGGUGAGGGGCUGGUCUCGGAGCUAUCGUUCCAACCAACCAGUCAUGACCGCCAACCGGAUGAUGAUGGGAUGUACGGGGAACCUGAACUCGGUCGGAGGCCCCAGGAUUACAUCUGGUCAAGCGAAGUCUUCUCCGGAAGCGAAAUUGACCUUUACGAUAACGACCAAACCAAGUAA